AUGGGCAACAAUCCCCCCCAGACAACCGAGGCCGCGAACGAUCUCAAUCCAAACGGCUUCGUCACUGACCGCGAGGUCGACGGUGAGCGACGUUCCAUCCGCCACUAUAAUGAUGGGCGAAUAUCGGGACGCGGUAGAAGUGUCGAGGCUAGCCUCCGGGCAAAGAUGAGAAACUCCAGUGGGACCGGAAGUCGAGUCAGGCCUCUUACCUCCCGCAGGGAAUCGGGCGGUCGCUCUACCCCAACCGGGUCUGGUCUAGCUGGUGCUGCUGAUAUUACUGCUGCUAUGGCUAAGCUCACUGUUGAUCAUCCCAAUAGUGCAAAGGUAAAGAAACUCAGCAAGAAGUUGAACCUCGAUGCCGACCCAGGAAUUGAGACUGUGACUCUGCGAAAGGUCACUCCUUCAUCUGUAGCUAGCGUGGUCUCCUCUAAGUGCAGUGGGAGCAGCAACGGUUCUGUCAAUGCUAGGAUAGCGGACAUUGAAAAUCGAGUAAGAAAGCACAUCAAGACACGGCUCCAGUCUAUAACGGAGGAAGAUGAAGAGUAA